ACAUGAGGAAAGGACAAAGAAACGUUGUUGGCAACUUACAAGGCAGGGGAACGCUGAUGAAGGAGUUUCAGACUUGUCAGAACACUGCACUCCGGACUACGACAGGAUGCAUCUUGAUGACUCCUAUUAAACACCUAAAUAGUGAGGCGCUUGUGCUUCCAGUUAAGAAGCAGUUCCUGCUGGGAUGUUUUCGUAGCAAUCACCCCUGCUUGGAGCAUAACCAUUCUCCUUGCAACAUCAAGAGGUCCUUCCUCAAUUACGUCGGCGACAUUAGGCAGCUCCUUUAAAGUUGUUCGCUCUAAGCCAAGGCGUUGACUCCGACUCGGAUAACCAGGGCAUCCUCUUGAUCCAGAAACCAUGGGUUUACAGAGGAGAGGUUAGAGACCUCAAUUCGAGGAACAACAAGGUAAUUUGGGAUUCAGAGUUUCUAACGAAGGAUCUGGUGGCGGUGCAGGUGAAGGACAAGGAAGGUUCAGACUUCGUCCUUGCAUCCGCCUACUUUCCAGGGGAGACGGCCACAGCACCCCUCUCAUCGAUUUUCAGUCUGAUCGACUAUUGCAGGAGAAACAAGCUCCCCCUCAUACAGGGAUGUGAUGCCAACGCUUGGCGUCCUUGACAUAACCUUAAGCAAUGACAGCAUGACCGGUUUGAUCUUGCAGUGGCAGGUGUCAAAAGAGCCCUCAAUGUCCGAUCACAGAAUCAUUCGAUUUGCUCUGAAGGUGGAAGUGAGGGACCGACCUCAGAUACGUAUCCUCAGAAGUACGAACUGAGAUGUUUUCAAUGACCGAUAGUAGGUCCACUGUAACAGGACUGGAGAGAAGGCCGACUGUCUACUGACAAGUCUAUAAUUGACGCCUAUCAUUGCGCUUGUAUACUAAAUGUGGAGGAAACAAACCUGUCUCUGGUGGCCUAACAAACUCUGGGUACUUAGGCAAACGGUGCGCAGGCUGUUUAAUAUAGACAAUACCUAACAACCUACAACAAGGAGAUUAGGUUCGCGAAGACAAAUAGUUUUAGGAAAUUCUGUGACAGCGUCUCCUCGACCCCAGAGGCAGCUAGACUGCACAAGGCGUUGUCAAGAGGCAAGUCGGACACAUAUUAUCCAUCAAAAGACAGGACGGGACCUAUACGACUAGUGCGGAGGAAAGCACAGCACUGUCCCUUCUUCCAAAGGACGACGUUACAAAGAGGAUUAAUUUCACAAAGAACUUUAGACUUACUCUUGGCAAUAAGACAGAGUGGAAUGACUUCACGCUUGACAUACACAAACACACCAGAAGGCAUUGGUGCAGGCAUUGCGGGACCGCAUACCAAGCUAUCCAUAACAAUGGGACGCUUUCCAAGCACAUUUCAGGCAGAAGUUUUUGCUAUAAGUUAGUGCGUAGAAAUCAACCUCCACCGCAACUAUCGCAACCAGGGCAUCGCCAUUCUUAGCGACAGUCAGGCGGCACUAAAAGCGAUGUCAGCAUAUGAGGAUAAAUCGCUUUUAGUAGAGAAAUGCAUAGGAAGACUGAACCGCCUAUCAUUGUGCAACCGGGUACACCUAAUCUGGGUGCCGGGACAUAAAGGGGUAGACGGAAAUGAGCUAGUCGACGAACUAGCCCGCUCUGCGGAAACGUCCAAGAUGAUGGGACCAGAACCAAGCAUCACGGUGGGGUUCCACACUUUUAAAGAACUGCUCCGCAUGGAGGACAGAGUGGGGAGAGAUCAUCACUGGCAGCAGGCAGCUGGAAUGCGCCAUACCAAGCUGCUUCUAGGAGGGUACAGCCUCUCUAGGUUCAAGGAACUAAUUAACCUUCCCCGUGACAAAUUCCGCCUCCUCGUCGCGCUCUACACUGGGCACUGCGGGCUCAGGAAGCACUUGUCCAACAUGAGCAUUGUCUCUCAAUUGCGCCCAGCAGGCUCCUGGAAUUAUUCACGUUGCUGGACCUUGGUGAACAUAUGUGAUAUAGAAGAGGGCACAAUAGACCCUAGGUCGCAGUGCAAUACCUCAGUAUCAAAUGUCGAUCUAUAUAUCUAUGGGUGAGUCCAUAGACGCUCUUACGAAAGCUGACUGCAAAAUCAGCUUCGGCAUUCGCAAGGCCAGGUUGAACAUCUUCCUAGGCUACAAAGCGGCUGGACGACGCCGCCAGCUAAAGAAUGUGGAAUACAGUAACCUAAGAUGUGUACAGAUUAACCUACAGUACUCCAAGUGUGCUACAGCGAAUCUGACAACCCUCAUAAACCUCAGGGGUAUCAACAUCAGCCUUACACAAGAGCCCUGGGUUAAGGAAGACACCAUUAACGGGCUAAACAGCAGUAACUGUAAAAUUUUUUACACACUAAACAAAGCAUAGCAGAUAUUUCGGUGGUAAAGGUGGAACAAAAGGAAAACUAUUUCAUCUUGGACUCAGCCUACAUGGCCCACGACGAAGACAUACCACCGGCACCAUUUAUAAGACUAGUAGAGGACAACAAAAAGGAAGAUGUCCUAAUAGAGAUUGAUGCUGCUGAGGGGUGAAAGCAGUAUCAUAUGCAGACGAUAUAGUGUUGUUCGUAUCAAGCAUGUAUCCUUCAACAGUCAAUGAGAUUAUGGAAAGAGCACUACGCAGGUUAAACUUAUGGGCUAAGAACAAUGGACUAGGUGUUAACCCUAAUAAAACAGAAAUGAUGCUAUUCACAAGCAGAACCAAAAUCCCCCAGUUUCAACUUCCCGUACUAAACGGUACAACACUCAGGGGUGUUGUGGAGUCUGAUAGUUGUCGGAAUCAGAAUUGAAACCGAUAAAAAAAAGUAGUAGGUGUCAUGAAUUUAGAUAACAUUCGUUAAUUUGUAUGGGUUUUGGGUGUCACGGAAACCAAUUUUAUUGGUUUUGCUAUCAGAAACAAAGCAGGAAGAUAG